GACGUUGACGUCGACCGAACCGCCCCGUUGCCCGGACAGAGGAAUCAUCUCGGCUACAAAGGCAAAAAAAAAAAGAAAAAAAAAAAGAGAAACCACCACCACCACAAUUAUGCCAUCGUUCUCUAGCGACGCCCCCUAUCAAACAGCGACAGCGACGCUGACCGCCUCGCACCCUCGCUCUAUCGACUCAUCGCAAGUCAAGACCCACGACAAAUCGGCUGUGGGAAAUACAUUUCUUUGGACCAACUGGCCCAAUGGCGACUCGGGCCACCUGGAACCACACAACCACCACCAGACCGACCGUCAGCUGCUGACAAACCUCAAGAAUGGCAGUGCAUACUCGCUGGCGGGGCCGCGGUCGAGUGUCAGCUCCUAUACGCGAGAUCCGCUCCAGUCCAAGGAGGGAAGCACCUAUUCCCUGGGCACUGGCUCGACCCGCGACGGGCGCGAUGGUGGCCGACCCUCGACAACGCUGGAAAAGGAUCCUGUCCGUAAAUCCUCCGACGUUAUCGCAACCGGCGCUGGCUCCGCGGCUGCUUCGGUCUCGGAUCAGCUUCCCAAUGGGACUUCUUCGGACACUCAUUACCAAGCCUAUCACCCCUAUCUUCCUCAACAGCAGCAGCAGCAGCAGCAACAUCACCGAUUGCCAAACGGGAAACCCUUGGUCAAUGGAGACCGACCGGCUUCGAUAGCCGACUCGAUGCGGGGGGGCCUGGAACCCGCUCAGGCGAAUGGCUCCGCAACAUACCUAUCUACCACCUACCCGCCGGAUGAGAGCGAACCUCUAUCGCCAGAUGCGGACCUUCUGGGUCCCCGGGCGACUACUUCGAUGACUGCCGCCGUGCCUCCCUAUCGAUACUCCUCCCCGCCGGCACCCACCACGGCCACCGGUACCGGUAAUCUCGAUCCCGCCUGUCCCUCCGUUGACAGCACCCCGAGUUCGACCCUUCGCCAACGACAUACCCUGCAGGUUCCCCGAAAUUCUACGGGUGGCCGUCGCAACAGCCGAGACCAGGCCGCAGACGAUGCUGCGGCCGCAGCGACCGCUUUGAGCAGCGGUCGUCUGUCGCCGACGGCGGGCAUUCGCCGACCAUCCUUCAGUCUUGCCCGCCGGGCAACAAGAUCGAAUCAGUCCGAUAUCCUCCUGGAUGACACCAUGCCGGAUGAUGAUGCGGCCCGCUGGGCGGAGGCCAUCAAGCAGCGGCGAGCGUCACGGCGGCGGCGUCGCGAGGACGAUGAUGAUGAACGCGUCAUCGUCGGCACCAAGGUCGACCAGAACCAUGUCAAUUGGGUGACGGCUUACAACAUGCUGACCGGCAUCCGGUUCACGGUGUCACGGAUCAAUGCCAAGUUUGACCGCGAGUUGACGCCGGCGGACUUUGAAGCCAAGCACAAGUUCUCCUUCGAUAUCACCGGCAACGAACUGACCCCAUCUGCCAAGUACGACUUCAAGUUCAAGGACUACGCCCCAUGGGUCUUUCGCCAUCUCCGUGCCAAGUUCCGCCUCGACCCGGCCGACUACCUCAUGUCCCUGACCAGCAAAUACAUCCUCUCCGAGCUCGGAUCCCCGGGCAAGAGCGGGAGCUUCUUCUACUUCUCGCGCGACUACAAGUACAUCAUCAAGACCAUCCACCACUCCGAGCAUAAGCUGCUGCGGCGGAUCCUGCCCGAGUACUACAAGCAUGUCGAGCAAAACCCAAACACCCUCAUCUCCCAGUUCUACGGCCUGCACCGCGUCAAGAUGGCAUACGGCCGCAAGAUCCACUUCGUCGUCAUGAACAACCUCUUCCCGCCACACCGAGACAUCCACGAGACCUUUGAUCUCAAGGGGUCGACCGUCGGCCGCGAUCUGCGCGAAGAAGACCUGGAGAAGAACCCCCGUGCCACCCUCAAGGACCUGAACUGGCUGCGCCGCAACCGGCGCCUCGAGUGUGGGCCCGAUAAGCGCGAGGUAUUCAUUGCCCAGCUCAGGCGAGAUGUCGAGCUACUGCAACGCCUCAAGAUUAUGGAUUACUCCCUGCUGGUCGGCAUCCACGACAUGAGCCGCGGCAAUGAGGAGAAGUUGCGCGACAAGACCCUGCAGGUCUUCCAGCCCGGUGGCGAUCGUGAGGAAGAGGCGCCAGAGAUGCUGAUGCGCACACCGUCCAAGCUGGAGAACGAGCGCAAGGCGCGCGAGCUGCGCAUGCUGAUCAAAAAGGAACGACCCGUCCCACUCGACCAGGCUGCGGCUAAGAUGCCCGACGAAAUCCUUGAUGAACGCAAGUUCCACAUUUUCUAUUCGGAUGAUGGGGGAUUCCGGGCGACACAUGAAAACGGCGCCGCUGGACAAGAAAUCUAUUACCUGGGGAUUAUUGACUGUCUUACUCAUUACGGAAUGCUCAAAAAAAUGGAGCACUUCUUCAAGGGUAUCUCGCAAGAUCGGACGCAGAUCUCCCCCAUCCCCCCCGAAGGCUACGGUGACCGGUUCAUAAAGUUUGUGACCGGCAUCACCAUGUCGAAGGAAGAGGCCGAACGUCAUCGCGAGGCGCAGGAUGCAGAGCAACGCCAGUCGCGCGCCUCGUCCAUCGAACGGACGAUGCAGAUGGCGGAGAGGCAAGCCGCCGCCAAGGACUCGUCGAGUAUCCAGCCACGCACCAUUGCAACCGUCUGGGAUCCCGCGGAUGCGUCGCCGGGCCCUCCCUCCACCCUGCCCAUUGUCGACGAAGCGGGCGAGGCGAGUAGUAUUGGCGGCCAUAGCCAGCGCAGCCAGGACCGCCAGCACAGGGCGUCCGCCAAGGGAAAGGAGAAGAGCCAAUAG